AUGGAUAAUUACACAACAUUCUCACUGGAUGACCCAUCGUCUGUACUAAAAUCCUCAUGUUUCGAUACAUCUCUGCCUACCAUAGUGUAUACAUUUGGAUACAGAGGGAAAUGCACUGGUCCUGCUACCUCAGCUAUGCUAAACGGUUACAUUGACACAAAGAAAAGAAACGUCAUCCUUCUAGACUGGGAAGAGGAAGCUAAAAGUAGAAUUCUCGGCAUAUCUUUGAGUUACGCCGUGUUUGCAUUGCCCAAUAGUAAACGGGUAGGUCAAGAGCUAGGCGCGGCAAUAUUAAAACUUUAUAAAGAUGGGCUUGCAAUGGACACCCUACACCUCAUUGGUCAUUCACUUGGAGCACACCUCAUGGGCUACACUGGAAGAUGGAUUCGCGAGCAAGGAGUUGUCAUACCAAGAAUAACAGGCUUGGACCCAGCGAGAGCAUUAUUCGAAGGGAUUUUUGCUACUCAAACCGGAUUAGAUCGAACCUGUGCAAAAUUCGUGGACAUUGUCCAUACGAAUUCUGGAAAUUAUGGUACCACCAAGUCUGUGGGUACAGUAGACAUAUGGCCAAACUACUCAUCAGAUGGUAUGCAACCUGGAUGCCCCAGAGGGUCACAUCCAAUGUUCAGUUGGGAUGACCUCUGCAGUCACAAUAGAGCCGUCGAAUAUUUCGCGGAAUCGUUGAAGAAUGGAACUGAUUUUCCUGCAGCUUCAGCUUCAUCAUAUGACAGCUGGGUUAUCUCUGACGAACCUUCAAACGACACCAUUUAUUUAGGUGAACUAGUCAACAUUCGCUCCCGGGGGAAUUACUACUUAUCAACAAAUGGUCAGUCUCCAUUCCAUAAAGGCCUAGAUGGAAUUAUCCCCCACGAACAGGAGAGAAAACGAAGACAUGUGUCAGAAAUGUAUAGUUUAAUGGGGUAA